AUGCGUGGAGUAACCGCUUUGAAGAACGUGAGAGAGAGAUUCUAUCUCUCUUAUAUCACUAAAUUAACCACUCCUCCUCUCUUGCUGUUGCUCUUACUCCUCAAUCACUCAACAACACUUCAUCUCUCUCAUCACUAAUUAUGUGGAGUAUAUAAACUUGAUUCCAUAUUCAUAUAUCAUUGCAUCAAGAUGUGUUGUGGGACAAGAAUUUGCUGUUUGUGCAUGUGCGUCAUAUUGGUGGUGAUCGCCGUCGGUCUGCUCUUUGGAUUUGGAGUUUUCAAGCAUGGAUUUCACAAGUUUAAGGAUACCAUAAGUGUAUGUGAUCCCUCCGCCGCCUGCGGCCGUCCCUUCAUCGGUUUUGCUCCGCCGCCCUAUUAGUACUUUGGAUUUCAUUCUUUUUUAGUUUAUUAAGUGCUUUUCUUUUCUCAAGGAUUCUUGUACUUUUUCAAGUGGCUAUUGUCAUAAUGAAUGUUAUCUUCACUUCAUUCAA